AUGGGAUCCAUUUUCUUUUCGUGGAAAAAACAGGAACACGAAUCAAACAAAGAAGAUGAACAUCACAAGUCGGCGGACGCUGAUUUGGCUGAUAAAGCGGCAAAUACUGCGGCAACUACAGACCAGAAUCCUUCUAAAUCAGCACUCAAUCCACAAACUUUAGACACAUCAAAACCAUCGAUGGAUCUUCAUGAUAUCGAAAUUUAUCAACAUCCAAUAAUAUUUCCUCCACAUAUGCCUCCUCCGAUAGUUCAUGAUGGUCCAAUGCGAGUACGAAUUAAUAUGGAUACUUAUAUUCGUACCAAACCUAUUGAUGAAGAAUCAUGUUUUGACUGGUGGACUUACAAUGGUGGAUCACCUGGGCCAAUCAUUCGAAUACGUCUUGGUGAUGUCUUAGAAGUUCAUUUUACCAACAACGAUCAAAGUGGUAUGCAACAUAAUAUUGAUUUCCAUGCUGUUGAAGGUCCAGGUGGUGGAUCUUCAUUAUUGACUGUCAACCAAGGACAAGAGAAGAUUGCUAUAUUCAAGCCAUUACGUGCUGGUCUGUUUCUGUAUCAUUGUGCCAUGGCACCUGCUCCUGUACACUUGGCUCAGGGAAUGUACGGAUGUGUGUUAGUAGAGCCCGAGGGUGGGUUACAGCCCCCAGCACAGAAAGAAUACUGUAUUGUUCAAGCUGAACUAUACACGAGUGAGAGAAUAGAUGAAAAAGAACCGGUUGUGUACAUAGGUCCUGAUGAUGAAGUAAAUAGGGAGAAGAUAGAAAAUGAACUGAAAGGACUGAGUCGAUUAGACAUGGAUAUCGAAGCAGGAAUGCUUGAGAAAGCUACCUAUGUACUGUUUAAUGGUAGAAAAGGAGCAGAAGGUUAUAAUUUUCCUGAACAUACCGAUGAGAGUAUUGGUCUAUUAGCGGAUAAUUUGCUAGCCGAACCAGGCGAUAAUAUUCGUAUCUUUUUUGUGAAUGCUGGGCCGAACUUAGUCUCUUCUUUUCAUCUUAUCGGUGGAUGUUGGGAUAGGGUGUGGCGAGAAGCGGAUCUCAUCUCAGCACCAGCACAAGCUAUACAGACGACACUAGUACCUGCUGGUGGUUGUGUCGUGGUGGAUUUCCAGCCUCAUGUACCAGGAACAUAUACUAUGGUUGAUCAUUCACUCUUUAGAAUUGAAAAAGGCGCAGUCAAAUUCAUCCAUGUAAAAGGUGAUCCACUAAGUAGACCUGAUCUGUAUGCAAGCGGUAGCGGACAUGGCCUCGAAAACUGUGAAGCAUGCAAGUUGCAUCCCAAGUGA